AAAAAUUGUCUUUAUGUUUAUUUUGUUUAAGUUCUGUCGUCAAAAAUUAAAAAAUCUCUUAUCUUCUUCGAUGUUCAAUCUGAGGCUUGUCUUCGAUGUUCAAUCUGAAGACAUUUUUCUGCCGUCAAAAUAGGUAGUGGAAGAUCGAACUUUUGAUUUGGCCGAUCUAUAAUCAUAUAUAAAAGAUAGGAUCAAGGUGAUCAGGGUUCAAAUUAGUUACAUGGAUGUUGACUUGAAGUUUUCGGAUCUCUUUGACAAACUGAUAUGAAGGUAAUUAGACAAUUAAAAGAAUUGAUCUCCUUGUCAGAUUGGAGUGCAAAAAAUAAACGUCAAUAAUACUUAUGAUUCUGCAAAGGUUAUUGAACACUUAUGCAAGGUUAGGUAUAUAUAAUGUAAAUGUGAAGCCCUAAUCAAUGGAAUAUACUUUAAGUGGGGCGGAAGACAUAAUCUUGUGAUUUUAUGGAAGAAUAUAAUUUGUUUCCAAAAUUUCUCCAUAUCGUUCGCAAAUAAUGGGAAACCAGUGAGAUCGUUAUAUCUUUAGAUUUUUUAUAAAUCUAGAAUUAAUUGUUUCUUCCUCUGCAAGAAAAUGAACUGGUUGUAAUCAAAAAGAUAUGAUAUUGAAGAGGAGAUAUUCGAUUAUAGGUUUGUAUUUAAUGUGAUGUCCUCCUACGUUUUCGGUUAAAUGUUGUAAAGUUUCAAAUUCUUAGUUUACUUUUACGUAAUCAUCUUUAGAAGUUAAUUUAUUGAUGUUAAGUUUAUAUUUGAAUAUGGAAAACACAUUAAUAUAACUGAAAAAGACAAACUUAAAAAUAGGUAGAUAAAUUUAUUACUUCAGUGGCAUUCAAAUGUAAUUAAGUUUGAAAACUAAGGGGUAAUUUUAAAUGGUACUUCUCUUUUAAUAAUAGAGACUAGAGCUUGACCCGUGCGCCCGCGCAGGUAUUAGUUUUUAUGUAUUUAUACAUUGAUAUUUGUUUUUCAUGAUUAGUGCAAUAUAUUUUAGAUAUGUCUACAUAUAACUAAUUGUAUUCAAAAGAUCCAGAUCGAACCGGAUAAUAUGAUUAUUUUUGGUUCAAAUAUCUAAAUCAUUUUCAAAUACAUUCGUUAUUUGAAUAUUUUUACUUUUCUGUAUAUCAGAACCAAAUUCAUACAGAUCCGGGAGAUCCAACUUGAAUCUCACACUUAUAUCCAACUAUGGCCUAAUUUCAAAACCCAAAAAAUCUAUACUCGAAAAACGAUCCGUACCUAAAUGGGUACCCGAAUAUCUAUGCCUAACAGAUUUCGUAAAAAAAUAAAUAUAUGUAUAGAUAUAUAUUUAUGUGUUUGGCUAAAUUAAAUGAAAUAGAAAAUUUUUUAUUUAGUAAUAUUUUUACAAUAUUAAUAAUAAUCAAUAUAUGAAUAUCGAUUUGUUUAGAUAAGUUUUGGAAUUGUAAUUAGUUAAUUUAAAUUAAAUUUAAAAUGCAGUGGUAGAAUCCGUAAAUAAAAAGAAAUACAAAAGGAAGUACCUAAAAAGAUAUUUCAAAACCCAAAAAAUCUUUACCCGAAAGAAACAACCCGUACUUAAAUGGGUACCCGAAUGUCUAUGCCUAACUGAUUCCGUAAACAAAUAAAAAAUUUAUUUUAAUGUGUUUGGCUAAAUUAAAUGAAAUAGAAAUUUUUUUUUAGUAAUAUUUGUACAAUAUUAAUAAUGAUCAAUAUAUGAAUAUCGAUUUGUUUAGAUAAGUUUUGGAAUUAUAAUUAAUUAAUUUAAAUUAAUUUUAAAUGUAGUGGUAGAAUCUGUAAAUAAAAGAAAUACAAAAAUAAAUACCUAAUUUAUUAUAAAUGCAAUGACUAAAUGUGUAAAUAAAAGAAAAUACAUAUACUGCUAUCCAAGUUUCCAAACAAUUCUUAUAUAACAUUGUCAUCCAUGUUUCCAAACAAACCAUCUUUUUAAACUGCAAGUCAUGUUUCCAAACAAACCUAAUUUGUACUUCAGUUUUAAUAAUAUAGAUAUAUCCUUGUUUUGAUAUCUUGUUCUAUCAUUCGUGUCUUCUACUAAUUUUCCACCAUGAAUUAAAUCGAGUUACACUUAUGGUGACGACUCUUCCCUUGACGCGUAAAAAAAUACUGACUUUUCUACACACUCUCCACACUAUAAAUUGACUUGGUUUCUCAUAAACUCAAAAACACCUUAAACCAAAGCUAAACUGUUUGGAAGAAACAAUUACGGAGCCAUGUUCGUGAAGCUCCUCACCAUUGUCUUCUUCUUCUUUAGUCUACUUUCUCAACUUCCAAAAUCAUCUUCCCAAGUUCUUAACUUCACUUACAAUGGCUUCACUCCUCCACUGACUGACAUAUCCCUCCAAGGGAUCACCACAGUCACCCCGAACGGUCUCUUGAUGCUAACCAACUACACAGAGCAGAGAACGGGUCACGCCUUCUAUACGAAACCAAUCCGGUUCAAAGAUUCUCCAAACGGCACCGUUUCUUCCUUCUCCACAACAUUCGUCUUCGCUAUUCAUUCUGAAAUCCCGAUACUUAGUAGCCACGGCAUGGCUUUCGUCGUUGCUCCUAACGCAAGCCUCCCUGACGCAACAGCAAGUCAAUACCUGGGUCUCUUCAACAUCUUAACCAACGGUAAUGACACAAAUCAUGUCUUUGCUGUCGAGCUGGAUACCAUCCGGAGUACCGAGUUCAAUGAUAUGGACGAUAACCACGUCGGAAUAGAUAUCAAUAGCAUGAAGUCAGUGAAUAGUUCGUAUGCUGGGUACUGGAACGAAUCAGGUCAGUAUAAUAAUCUGACUUUGAUAAGUCGCAGAAGGAUGCAGGUUUGGGUCGAUUAUGAUGGUCAUACCCAUCAGAUCGAUGUAACAAUGGCUCCGUUCAGAAAGGCUAAACCUACGAAACCACUUGUUUCCAUCGUCAGAGAUCUGUCUUCGGUUCUUUUGCAAGAUAUGUUCGUAGGUUUCUCGUCUUCGACAGGUUCUGUUCGUUCUGAACAUUAUGUUCUCGGAUGGAGUUUCCGGGUGAAGGGGAAAGCUCCGCCGUUGGCCUUAUCAAAACUUCCAAAACUUCCGAUGUGGGAGCCCAAGAGAAUCUACAUCAUCUCCAUGUUUGAUUCCCCUCUUAUUGAGUCUCUUUCCAUAUUUUUGAUUCCCCUCUUAUUCAUUUCCAUGCUCAUCUUACUCGUACGCUUCAUCAUAAGGAGGAGGAGAAAGUUCGAGGAGGAACUCAAAGAUUGGGAAACAAGGUUUGGGAAGCACCGAUUGAAGUACAAGGACUUGUACCAUGCCACCAAAGGGUUCAAGGAGAAGGACCUUCUCGGAUCAGGUGGGUUUGGAAGCGUUUACAGAGGUGUCAUGCCUAAGACAAACAAAGAGAUUGCUGUGAAAAGAGUCUCCAACAAAUCCCGACAAGGGUUGAAAGAGUUUGUGUCUGAGGUCGUGAGCAUCGGUCGGAUGAGCCAUCGAAACUUAGUCCCUCUCAUGGGUUAUUGCCGCAGGAGGGACGAGCUUCUUCUAGUGUACGAUUACAUGCCCAAUGGAAGCUUAGACAAGUAUUUGUAUAAUAAUCCGGAGGUAACCCUCGACUGGAAACAGAGGAUUAAAGUCAUUAACGGCGUGGCCUCCGCCUUAUUCUACCUUCACGAGGAAUGGGAACAAGUGGUGAUUCACCGCGAUGUCAAAGCAAGCAACGUCUUGUUAGACGCGAACCACAACGCGAGACUCGGGGAUUUUGGUUUAGCUCGAUUGUGCAGUCAUGGUUCGGACCCUCAAACCACCCGAGUCGCUGGAACAUGGGGAUACCUAUCCCCCGAUCACGUCAGGACAGGAAGGGCCACUACUGCUACCGAUAUGUUUGCCUUUGGGGUGCUACUACUAGAAGUAGCUUGCGGUAGACGUCCUAUCCAGAUUCAGAACGAGGGUGGUGAGAGGGUGUUGCUCUUGGAUUUGGUUUUUGAGUUUUGGAGUGACGGAAACAUUUUGGAUGCUAAGGAUCCGAAUCUAGGGACGGAAUGUGAUCAAAGAGAAGUCGAAAUGAUUUUGAAACUAGGUUUGUUGUGCUCUCACUCCAACCCACAAGCUCGACCAAGUAUGAGACAAGUGUUAAAUUAUCUAAGCGGAGAUGACGUGCUACCAGAUUUGUCACCAUUGGAAUUUCGUGGGCUGGGAAUCCACCAUGGAAUUGGUGAGCUAGACAUGUUUACAUGUGGAUCUUCCAUGGUUGAUUCUAUAGUCUCUGGUGGGAGGUGAUUUUGAAUAUCAGAAUGCUUGUGUACAUAUGUCUUACAUUACAGACUGUAGAAAAGGACUAUCCAAACCGUGUUGUAUCUUUACGUGAAAUAAAUGAAACUUUAUGAACGUAGGAGACCAGUUUACUCUUGCA